UUUGUGUUUUUAGAGGGCACCACCAUCGUGUUGUGCGCCGCUGUUAAGCUCAAAUGUCGAGUUGUGAAAAUGGCGGAUCAUCAGAUGAAUGCGAAACGUACCUAAAUGAUGAGUUGCGGCACUAAAGACGAUUUAGAAAGUGCAAACCUUUAUUGAAUGGAUGGCAUGACAAUACCAUUCUUUAUAUUUUUUUGUAACUUCUGUAGUAAUGGAAGUGCAACAGCUAGAGUUGCUAUGCAAGCAGCUGUAUGAGUCCCAGGACUCGGCCCGCCGCGUGGAUGCCGAGAAGGCGCUGGUGGGCUUCCAAAACGCCCCCGACACGCUGUCCAAGUGCCAGCUCCUGCUGGACCGGGGGGACUCGUGCUACGCCCAGCUCCUGGCGGCCACCACGCUGACCAAGCUGGUGUCCCGCAGCGCCCAAGGGCUCAGCCUGCAGCAGAGAGUCGACAUAAGAAACUACGUUUUAAACUACUUGGCAACUCGUCCAAAGUUACCAAAUUUUGUUAUUCAGGCUUUAGUCACGCUCUUUGCGCGCAUAAGCAAACUUGGCUGGUUCGACAGUGAUAAAGAUGAAUUUGUCUUCAGAAAUGUUGUGACAGACAUUUCAAAAUUUUUGCAGGGCUCCGUGGAGCACUGCAUGAUCGGCGUGCAGCUGCUGUCCCAGCUGACCUGCGAGAUGAACCAGAUUUCGGAGGCGGACGCCAACCGCUCGCUGACCAAGCACCGCAAGAUCGCCUCGUCGUUCCGCGACACCCAGCUCUUCGAGAUCUUCCGGCUGUCGUGCUCGCUGCUCGGCUCCGCCCGGGAGAACUGCAAGAACCUCAACUUCAACGACGAGGCGCAGCAUGGGUUGAUGACGCAACUUCUUCGUCUUGCCCACAACUGCCUCACGUUUGAUUUCAUCGGAACUUCGACCGACGAGUCGUCGGAUGACUUGUGUACGGUUCAAAUCCCUACCAGCUGGCGUCCGGCAUUCCUUGACUUCUCGACGCUGAAGCUGUUUUUUGAUCUCUACCAUUCCUUACCAAAUACAUUGUCAUCAUUGGCGCUUUCAUGUCUGGUCCAGAUAGCCUCUGUUCGACGUUCCUUAUUUAGUAACACGGAGCGAGGGAAGUUUCUUACUCACCUCGUCAGCGGAGUGAAACACAUUCUGCAGAAUCCGCAGGGACUUAGUGAUCCUAGUAAUUACCAUGAAUUCUGCCGUCUUUUGGCAAGACUUAAGUCUAACUACCAACUAGGUGAGCUCGUCAUGGUGGAGAACUAUCCAGAAGCUAUCCAGCUUAUUGCCAAGUUCACAGUGCAAAGCUUGCAGAUGUGGCAGUUUGCACCGAACAGUGUUCACUACCUGCUCAGCUUGUGGCAGCGCAUGGUGGCGUCUGUGCCCUACGUCAAGGCGACGGAGCCCCACUUGCUGGAGACGUACACGCCAGAGGUGACGAAUGCUUACAUUACUUCGCGACUGGAAUCUGUCGCUGUGGUAGUAAGAGAGAGCCUGGAGGAUCCGCUGGACGACCUGGGAAUGGUCCAGCAGCAGCUGGAGCAGCUGUCUGUGAUCGGCCGGUGCGAGUACCAGAAGACGUGCACGCUGCUCGUCCAGUUGUUCGACCAAGCUGCGGGAACGUACCAGGAGCUGUUGGCGAGCCCCAGUGCGCCUCCCCUCGACAUAACCAUCCAAGAAGGGAGACUCACGUGGCUGGUGUACAUUAUUGGUUCAGCCAUUGGAGGCCGGGUUUCCUUCAACAGCAACGAUGAACACGAUGCGAUGGAUGGGGAACUAGUUUGCAGGGUAUUACAACUCAUGAAUCUUACUGAUUCAAGACUGUCGCAGGCUGGCUACUGUGAAAAACUGGAACUCGCAAUGCUCAGUUUCUUCGAACAGUUCCGCAAGAUUUAUGUAGGUGACCAGAUCUUUUCUUACCCACUGCCACAGGUACAGAAGAAUUCCAAAGUCUAUAGGCGGUUGUCCGAAGUUUUGGGCCUUAGUGACGAGGCGAUGGUGUUGAGCGUGUUCAUUAGGAAAAUCAUCACGAACCUGAAGUACUGGGGGCGAAGCGAGCAGAUCAUAUCCAAGACCCUGCAGCUGUUGAACGACCUGUCCGUGGGCUACAGCUGCGUGCGGAAGUUGGUGAAGCUGGACGAAGUGCAGUUCAUGCUCAACAACCACACUAGUGAACACUUCCCGUUUCUGGGGAACAGCGUCGCGGUGAUGGAGAUGAGAUGCCGCUCCAUGUUCUACACUUCGCUUGGUCGCUUGCUCAUGGUCGACCUGGGGGAAGACGAGGACAGAUUCGAGAGCUUCAUGCUGCCACUCACAACGGCUUUCGAGUCGAUUGGCACCAUGCUGGCCUCUGCUGAAACGCCUCUGUUCGCAGCCGAGGAAGCGAAGAAGGCUCUCAUAGGCUUGGCUCGGGACUUGCGAGGCUUGGCGUUUGCCUUCAACACGAAGACGUCGUACAUGAUGCUUUUCGACUGGAUGUAUCCUUCGUCUAUCUACCCCAACUACACGCCGAUACUGCUUCAUGCUGUGGAGCUCUGGUACCACGAUCCACAGGUGACGACGCCCGUGCUGAAACUCUUUGCGGAACUCGUCCAGAACCGCUCGCAGAGACUUCAGUUCGAUGUCUCGUCGCCCAACGGCAUCCUCUUGUUCAGGGAAGCCAGCAAAGUCAUUUGCAGUUACGGAAGCCACAUCCUGAAUGUGGAGGUUCCCAAGGACCAGAUUUAUCCCAUGAAGCUGAAAGGUAUCUCGAUAUGCUUCUCGAUGCUGAAGGCAGCGCUCUGUGGCAGUUACGUGAACUUUGGGGUGUUCAGAUUGUACGGUGACGAGGCGCUCGACAAUGCCCUCAACACCUUCGUCAAACUGCUGUUGUCGAUACCGCAAUCUGAUCUUCUGGACUACCCGAAGCUCUCCCAGACGUACUACGUGUUGCUGGAGUGCCUGGCCCAGGACCACAUGAGCUUCCUGUCGACCUUGGAGCCUCGCGUGUUCCUCUACAUCCUCGCGUCCAUCUCGGAGGGGCUCACGGCAUUAGAUACGAUGGUGUGUACUGGAUGCUGUGCUACUCUCGACCAUAUAGUCACAUAUUUGUUCAAGCAACUCACUCAGAAAGGCAAGAAGUCCCGGCGUGGAGUUCCUGUACAGAGUGAUAUGUUUCUGCAGGUGCUGGAACUGCACCCUGAAAUUCUGCAGCAGAUUCUCAGCACUGUGCUAAAUGUGAUAAUGUUCGAGGAUUGUCGAAACCAGUGGUCCAUGUCCAGGCCCCUGCUAGGCCUCAUCCUGCUGAAUGAGGAGUACUUCAAUCAACUGCGAGAGAAUAUAAUUCGAAGUCAGCCACCGGAUAAACAAGCUGCUAUGGCUCAAUGGUUUGAGAAUCUAAUGGAUGGCAUUGAAAGAAACCUUCUCACAAAGAACCGUGACAGGUUGGCUGUUCUAAUCAAUUUGGUUGCUAUUACAAUUGGCUUAAUUUGUACAUUAUCAAAUACUUUGUGGUUAUGUUUGCUUGCAGGUUUACCCAGAACUUGUCAAUGUUCAGGAGAGAUAUAAAUGACUCCUUGAAGGGCCCGAACAUGACCGCGUCUGUUAAUGACAUGAUGACUUCGUAGUGACUCCUGCUCACCCCAGUGGCGGUAGAGUUGCCACUAGAACAUGAGAUAAUGACUCUUCCAUUGCUCGUUAUGUUACGUCUCUAUACGUCGUCAGCAUUUAUUAUUUUUGUAUCUCAUCAGAUCGGAAAUUGUUUUUAAGUUGCUACAAAUGAACUGUUGGUUAUCAUUGUAGACCUUGCGAGUGUGGUGCAUAGAAACAAACUGCGUUGCUGUGUACAAGUGUGUCAAAGCAGAUUAAAAAUCUGUAUUGUCAUGAGAUAUAUUUGUUGUGAAGUUAAAAGUGUGAUGCUACCGAAGAAAGAAAAUCUGCUGAACCUACUGUGGUGUGCUGUAAAGUAAAACAUUUUUAAAACUGGAAUGUUUAUCAUGUGGCUGCUAUGUGAGUGCUUGGUAAUUUUGUAGACAUGCUGCACAUUGAUUUUCUUCAGCUAAUGUACAUGCCAGCACAUCUAGCUUUGAGAUUUCUUGAUUGCAAAGGUCACGUAUGUGGUAUGUGGUAUGCAUGACACGUGGUAAGCCCAGUGUUAAGUCUGUUUAUUUUCCUGCUGCGUAAACAUUUUAUGUUGUAUGUGUGUGGAAUGAUUCCAAAAAGACACUGAAAAUGUCUUAAGUUUUGUGAUUAUUGAGUUGUUUAUGUGUAGGUAAAUAGAUUGUACAUUUUAUCAGAAAAGUGAAAAUUAAAGUUGUUUUUGUUGUUUCAGUAAUACUGAUUGAAGCUGAACUCGUAACACAAAAGAGAAUGAAAAUUUUUAUCACUGUAUUGUAAAGAUAUGUGAAUCAAAAACAUCUGUUCACAACAGCUUUGAACAUAACUUGGUCCAGUUUGUUAUGGUUUAUAUAGCUUGUUCUCAAAAUAAAGAACAUGCAAUUGAGA